ACUUUGUAUCUUCGGUUUACUUGAAACUUUGAUAAGACCUACAAUAAUAAAUAUUUUUUAUGUAUUAAUUAUAUUGAUAUUUGGAAAGCGUCGAUUUUCAAGCACCAAAUAAAAACUUGAACCUAUGGGACUACCGAGCUCAGUGUUGCGGUAGGAGUGCAAUUGAAAAGGUCGAAUGAAAUUUGCAACAGUUCAAAAUAUUUAAAGUCAAAAAGUUAAAAUUUGUAAAAUAUUUUUGUAAAAGCAGCUCCUAUGAUGAUAUCUACAGAUACGAUUUGCCUCUUGGCCACCUUCCUCGUAGCCCUUUACAUUUGGUGCCGCUACAAUUAUGGCUACUGGAAACGACACAAUAUUCCAUUUAUGACGCCGUUACCACUGAUUGGCAAUACUAAGGUCAUGUUUACACUGAGCAACAGUUUCUUCUUAUAUCUCUCUGACAUUUAUAAGGAUGCUAAAAUGUCAAAAGCUGCCGCGGUCGGUAUUUAUAUAUUGAAUAAACCAGCUUUGAUACUACGCGAACCGGAGCUUGUCAAAUCUGUGCUCAUUAAAGAAUUUUCAAAAUUCUCCAACCGGUAUUCAGCUUGCGAUCCACAUGGGGAUGCUUUGGGAUCGAAUAAUUUGUUUUUCAUACGCAAUCCACAAUGGAAGGAGCUGAGAACGAAGAUUUCACCGGUGUUCACAACAGGAAAGAUCAAACAAAUGUAUCCACUAAUGCUUGAGGUCGGCUCUCAGUUAGAGGCUCAUUUGGCGUCGCACAUCAAGAGCGGCAAUUCCUUCGUCACCGAAAUCAAAGAGAUUUGUGCGCUCUUCACUACCGAUUUGAUUGCAACAAUCGCUUUUGGUGUACAAGCUAAUAGCUUAAAAAAUCCAAAUGCAGAGUUUCGUAGAGAGGGGCGUAAAUUUAUGGAAUUUAAUUUGGGUCGUGCGUUUGCCUUUUUCAUCGCAUUCUUCUAUCCAAAUUGGGUCACUAAACUAAAAAUAAAAAUUUUUUCGCCCGAGCUUUCUUCAUUUCUACGUCGUACUAUUAGUCAUGUAAUAACGGAAAGAGAGAAGAGUGGUCUCACACGCAAUGAUCUAAUCGAUGUGCUAGUGUCAUUGAAAAAAGAGUCUGUUGAGAAACAGGAGUACAAUCAAGUGACACAGGAUGUGCUAGUAGCACAAGCGGCGGUGUUUUUAACGGCUGGCUUCGAGACUUCAUCAUCAACGAUGGCAUUCACAUUAUUUGAAUUGGCCAAAAGACUGGAUUUACAAGAGCGCCUACGCAACGAAAUUUGUGAGGCGUUAGUGGCGGAGAAUGGCAAACUAUCCUAUGAGACCAUUAUCAACUUACCAUAUUUGAGUAUGGUAGUAGAUGAGGUGUUACGUUUGUAUCCAGUUUUGCCCUUCCUCGAUCGCGAACACCAACCUAAAGAUGGGGAAAGCCAAUUUGAUCUCAAACCGUAUUAUGAUUAUACAGUGCCAAAUGGUAUGGCUGUUUAUAUCCCAAUUUUCGGUUUGCAACGCGAUCCCAAGUAUUGGCCCAAUCCCAAUACCUUCGAUCCGGAACGUUUCCGCCCCGAGAAGAAAAAGUUACAUGAACCUAUGGCCUACUUACCUUUCGGUACUGGCCCUCAUAAUUGUAUUGGUAGCCGAAUCGGUUUACUGCAAACCAAAAUCGGUUUGGUGCACAUAUUGAGGAAUCAUUACGUUGAGGUCUGCGAUAAAACACCAGCACAAAUAAAUUUCGAUCCCUUAGCCAUUGUUUUGCAGAAUAAAGGUGGAAUUUACUUGAAUGUAGUGAGCGAUGGGCUCUAUGAGCAGAGUGCGAAGAAGUGACAGACAGAGUUUGGAAGGAAUGCAAUGAGUUUUAUUAUAGAUUAAGGUUAAAAUUUUCAAUAAAUGUAGAUAAACGUGAAAUAUUUUCUUGCGUUAAGUUUA